UCAAGACAAUUGCACGUGCAGGCUAAACGACAAAACUUAGUGCAUUUUUAACGGAAAAAAUAUAUAAAAAAGACUCAAAAAGUGCGCUGCACACUGUUUUCCUUUCGGCUUUCAUCGCCAAACCCACCAUUAAUGACAGUUGGAAACCGAAGCUUUUAAUCUUCGAGUGACCCUCGAAUGGUUUUCAUGCUUGUUGAUUCUUUAAUAUCCAUAGUCGCAUGCAGCCAACCAGGCCGAGUUUUGAUCUCUUCAGUCAGGGGAUUGAAUACGAUCUCUGGGUCUAAAUCUGAUGACGAAAAGGAACUCUCCUUGAAUUUUCUUUUUGAUUGAAUUUUUGUUUUACUUGAAUUUUUCCUUUUUGUUUUUGUUGUUAAAUUAUGGGUUAAUAUCUAGAAUUGCAACUGAAUUAUCGUAAAUGUAAAUGUUGAAAAUUUUUAAUUUAGUAGUUGAAUUAUAAAUUUGUUAAUUAAUAUGAUACUAAGAAAGCUAUUUGUCAGCCACUAGUUCAAGGACAAUUUGUGACGUUAUCUCUGGUUUUAUUUUACUCUAUUUUCGCCAACUUCCAGUCUGAUUUAUUUGGCAAUCAAGUAAAUAGAUUUCAAGAAAGACAACCAAAAUCGGCGGACUUAUUGCUUCUCAUGAAAAAGAAGGAGAUGAGGAGAGGUUAUAAUUUCAAAAACACAAUUGCUUUUGUAUUUUUGGUGGUGUGCUUUUGCUGUACCUUGGUGAUGAUCAUUUCAAUGCUUAAAGUUCCAGAUGCAGCAGUAGGCAAUAAAGCAUUGCCCUUUCACAAGAACGUAAACAUUCUUAAAGCCACUGAUAAUGGCAACUCAUCACUUGGUACAUUUGGGAACAUGAUGAUUCAGAUGCUACCCCAAGAUCUUGCUUUCACUGUUUUUAUCCCUUCGGAAAUAGCUUUCGAGCGCGAUUUAAGGUUACACGCGAACGAUAGUUUGGUUGGGGAAAAGAUGAAUGACACAUAUGCGGUGAUCUCUCGUGUGUUAGGUUUCUCAGCUGUUCCUCGCACUCUUGAUUCAGCCAUGGUGCCUGCAGAUGAAGAGGUGUCCUAUGAUUCAUUGUCGGGGUUCACAUUGUUCAUUUCAAAGGAUGUAGGAGGAGUGCUGGUGGUUAAUGGAGUGAAGUCAGACAGGGUUGAUUUAAGGAGAGGGAAGCUUGUUAUGCAUGUUAUGGAUGGUGUUAUUAUGGAUGCAGAGUUUGAGCAGUCGGUUCAGCCUGAUUUUGAUGGAACCGAUUGAGUUAAGGAGGCUGGUGAGGGCUGUCUGGAACAAUGGCUGGAUAGCUAUGAUUGCCCAGUCUUUUUUAUACAGUUUCACAGGCGAAAUUUGAUCCAUAAAGAAUUCAAAGAUAUAGUCUUGUUUUGCCUCUUUAUUUUGUCAAUCUGCAAUUUUUGUAUAACUGAUGGACAAAAUGAAAGAUUAAGAGCAGCAGUGAAGCAGUACUUGCUGCGGUUCAUCAAAACAAACUAAAGAAAAGAAGGCACAUCUUUGAGCUGAGUGUUGUAUUUAUGUUGACGGAUUAACAAAGUUAUUUUUGGUCUUCAUUAUAUUUGGUUAAUGUCAAGUUAGGGAGUAAUUGUAUUGAUACCAAUUUAAAUAUACCAAUUUAAAUAUACUCAAAUCAAGCAAUAUGAUUUUAGAUUAAAUGUAAUUUCAUUGUUAUUUGUUUGCGUCGACAUAUGAGAUGAAUCGGUGUUUUCUAACAAAAAAAU